AUGAACGCCACAUGGUUCAACGAUGGCCCAAUCCGAUACAAUCCAGAAAUUGGCCUCCCGGAAUACCAUAUCAUGUCACUGGAGCAUGAUUACUGUAAUGGCGUGUUUCAUUACACGAUUACGGCAAAUUCCUCUAGAGUUGGUGACUUUAGUUGCUUACUAGGAAUGGUAAAUCUGAAACGAGCUAUCGGUUACCAUCUUGUGCAGAGCUAUAUCCCAACAGGGUUAAUCGUCGCAAUCUCAUGGGUUUCAUUCUGGAUCGACCGAAGAGCCGUCCCGGCACGGGUAUCGCUAUCUUUUACGACGUUGUUAACAUUAAGCACACAGGGUAAUGGCAUAAGAUAUGCUCUACCAGCAGUCUCUUAUGCCAAGGCUAUAGAUUACUUUUAUGGAGUAUGUAUGCUGUUCAUCUUUGGUGUACUAUUGGAAUUUGCAAUGGUUAACAGCUACAUGCGUAAGGCUAACAAGUACAAUCAUAUGGCUGAGAAGCUGCAGAGCGGCUACAACAAUGGUAGCAAGCACAUUAUCAUUCCAACCGAUUAUGAUUCUGAGUAUGAAGAGGGCCCAGCAAAAUACUAUCCACACAUGAACAAAAAUUGCGCACACCUUAUGUACAAAGCUUUGCGUUACUCUCGAAGAGCAUUAGCAAUAGAUAAGGCAGCAAGAUUUGCUUUUCCAUGUGAGUUUAACUCUUUCUAA